AGAAUUACAAAAAAAGAAGAACUGUGAUUUGGGCUCAUGAGUCAGUUUGCGGUGUUUUCCAGGCCCGACAGGCCGAGCUGGAGGCCGCUCGUCUGGCAAAGGAGAAGGAGGAGGAGGAGGCCAAGCAGGUCGCCCAGCAGGCCAAGAAAGAGAAGGAGAUCCAGAAGAAGGCCAUCAAGAAGGAGAGGCAGAAACUCAGGACCACCUGCAAGAACUGGAAUUACUUUGCAGACAACGAAGCUGACAGUGUGAAAAUGAUGGAGGAGGUGGAGAAGCUCUGUGAUCGUCUGGAGCUGACGAGUCUGCAGUCCCUGAAUGAGAUCUUAGCGUCCGGCUCAAAAGAGGACAGCAAGGUAGCUGUGGAGAAGCAGGUGCAGGAGGUGAACGCCCAGCUGCAGAGAGAGAAGGAGGCCGAGGUCCAGAUGCGGCAGGCGGCUCGCAGCGCCGAGCAGGCCAGCGGAGGAGGAGGAGCCGGGGGGAAGGGCUGGAACGAGGAGGACCUCCAGCUGCUUAUCAAAGCCGUCAACCUGUUCCCUGCUGGGACCAACGCCAGAUGGGAAGUUAUUGCCAACUAUAUGAACCUUCACUCCACCUCGGGCAUGAAGAGGACGGCCAAAGACGUCAUCAAUAAAGCCAAGAAUCUCCAACGGCUCGAUCCAGUGCAGAAGGACGAGAUCAACAGAAAAGCCUUUGAGAAGUUCAAGAAGGAACACGGGUCGGUAGCGCCCACCAUCGACAACGCCGUGCCCUCCGAGAGAUUUGAUGCCUCUGGCAGCGACAGCAACGCCGCCUCCUGGACCACCGAGGAGCAGAAACUUCUGGAACAAGCCCUGAAGACUUAUCCUGUCAGCACACCCGAGCGCUGGGAGAAGAUCGCUGCUGCCGUCCCAGGACGGAGCAAGAAGGACUGUAUGAAGAGGUACAAGGAGCUGGUGGAGAUGGUUAAAGCCAAGAAAGCUGCACAGGAACAGGUUGCAAACAAGAGUAAAAAAUGACAAGAGCCACAAAGAAUAGUAUCUGUUAUUUUAACAUUAUUGUGUUGGUCUUUAUUUUAUAAUAAAAAUUAAAGGAGGAAAAAAUACUACAGACGAUACUUAAAUACUGUGUGUGUGUUUGUAUGCUGUACAGAUGAUGGGUUAUGUGUUCCCAGAGGCGGUCUGUUCAGGUUCUCAUCCAGAACAUCCCGCUGCGGAUCUGGUUGUAGUCUGGCAGCUGUUCGAUUGGACCUGAGACAAAAACAGAGAAGUUUAAUGUCAGCUGAAGUGCAUUUCACUGCUUUCAAAAGGAAAACGAGUGUGUUACACUGCGGGCUUAUUCUUUAAGUCUUAGCUUAGUUAGUCUUAGGUUUCUGUUGGUUUCGAUGAAAACACUGCACUCAUGCAAAGGGCUGCGAGCGCGACAUCACAGAAACUAUCCACCUGCUGUAAAUGCUGGAGGUGUUUUUGUUUACAGUCUGUCUGAAGGUGUUCACAGAUCUCAGCCAGUACUUUGCUGAGCACAGUGUUUUAUUAAUCCCUGCCCACCUACAAGAAUAUCAGUUCAAGUGUCCGCUCUGUUUAAAAUGUUUUCACAGCUUUACCUCACUGCGACGUACGUGCUCUUAAAAGCCACCAAACGCCGCUGAAAAACAGUGAUUUUACUUUACUCUUCUACUGCUGCCUUCAUCAGUUUGUUUGUGUUAUUGUGUGACUUUGGCGUUUUAAAGGGUUAAUAACUCAACCUCAAUACAGUUUUCUUACACAUUUUUCAACCAAUACAUUUCCAUGACUUU